UUUUUUCGACAAGUUACUAAGUUGUGAAAAACGUUUCCAUAGCCCAACGGUUAGAAACACUUACGCAUUCAAAAGAAAAUGCCACUAACGACAUAUCAAAAGCAUCAUGACGACCUAUUUCAUUUAUCUAUUUAUUUUAAGUUUUUCAUGAAUGAUCGAUAUAACAGAACAUCUGCCUCUCAUGAACAACAACAUUAUUUAUACUGUUUAAAAGUUCCGUUUGCAGAAUAAUUCGAUAAUGAUUAAAACUGACACAAAAUAGAUUUCAUAAGCACUAUGAUUAAUUAUAUUUGAUUGCUUUCUCUUUCAUAUAGCACCAGCAUCAUUUGUACAAGCUCGUAUUUGGCUUGAUGAAAGAAUUCGUUUUCAUCCUGACAAACCACAAACAGCCACCUACAAUAUGCCUUUUCUUUACCGUCUCAUAAAUCAACAUUCUUUAUCAAAACGACAACUUCGUCAUGCUCUUCAUCUGCUUAUAAUCAAACACCAAUCACUUCAUACAUCACUUAUCUUUGAUACAGAAAAGAAUCUACUCAUACAACGAGUCAACGAUAUUAAUAACACCAACAACCAAUUCUAUACAUUCACUGAAAGUGUUUUUCAAACAGAUGAACAACUUAAUUCGAUUAUGCAUGAAGAAAAGGGUAAUCCUUAUCUUUUCGAUCUUUCUCAUGGAGUUGUCUUCCGAUGUCAUGUUGUUUACUACAAAGAAAUCUCUCCAAAUAAUCUCAUCUCUGACAAAGAUAUACUUAUUUUCAAUUUUCAUCAUGCUUCAUUUGAUUUUCCGUCAAUGCAAAUCUUUCUUCGUGAUCUAAAUCAAGCAUAUACAGCACAUUUCUUGUCUGACAAUGAUAACACUCUUCUACGUUAUCUCGAUUAUGCUAUUAUCGAACAUCAAAUGUCCAUGACUGGUGCAAGUAUGUUUUGGCUUGAUGCUCUUCAUGAUUGUAAACUCGAUCAAUCUUUAUCAUUACCAUAUGAUCGAUAUCGACUUUUGAAUGAACAUCGAACUGGUCGUGGAACAUCUGUCUCAUUCUAUUUUGGUCAAGAUCUUUCUCAUAAUUUUCUUCUUUAUGCAUCAUCACACAAUAUCAAACAUAAAUAUCUAGCACUUGCUACUUACUUUAUCUUCUUAUUUAAAUUAACGAAUGGUGAAAAAGAUCUAUGUAUUUCAAUGAAUGUAGACAAUCGUUAUAGAGAUGAACUUAAAUCUAUAAUUGGACUGUUUGAGAAUGUUAUUCCAUUGAGAUGUCAAUUAAAGUCUCGUUGGUCUUUCCAUUAUCUACUUGAUUCUGUUCGAGAGAUAGCAACCAAUAGUGUGAGAUAUUCAUAUUUUCCUCUUCAACGUAUUCUCAAUCAAUAUUCGAAUAUUUCAAAACCUGUAUUUCUUGAUACAUCAUUCGAAUUUCUAUCAUCUAUGAUAACAGUUGGCAGUAAACUAAUAGUGAUUGGUGAUAGUCAACUUUGUUCAAUACCUUUUACAAUGAACAUUAAUGAUAAUAAAACUAUAAAUAAGUAUGAUUUCUCCCUUAUAAUUCAACAUGAUCUCAAUACCAAUCAACUCUCAUGCACAAUCAAUGCAUCAGUCGAUUUAUUCAAUGUACAAACAAUUAAUAAGAUAUCUCAACGAUUUCAUUCACUCUUGAAUCAAUUAUUUAUAUCUGUUGAUG